AUGUUAUCGCCAAACUUUUCCGGGAAUCCGCCCGGAAGUCCUGAAGUCGAAACUGAAGAUGUGCCAGUGAACAAAAUUACAAGCUUCCAUGGCCGACUCAACCAUUUUAUACAUACUCACUCUAAUCCUCCAGCUCCAGGCCCACGGCCGAGCUCCGACAACCCCUCCGAUGAUCUCUCGAAGCUUGAUUCUUCUCUAUCCUCCGCGGGAGACGACACGGAAGACUUGGCCGGUAAAAAGCGCAGCAAGCGCCGCACCGCAACCACAUCCAACAAAGGCCGCCAAAAGCCCGCCCGAUCCAAAGCAGAAGCAAAGACUACGGAUAUCUACCAAACACACCCUCGCCGGUCCCCACGCUCGCAGAAGCUCUCCUCCGCCCUCCCACAUCCAACCAGACCAACGACCAGAAAGACCACCACCAAACGCACCCCAAAACGCAAACGGCCCGCCCCAACCCCAGCCAAACUCACCUCCCUCCUCGAAGACACCAUCCCUGCCAACCUCAUCCUGCUCCUCGUGGGCCUCAACCCGGGGAUCAUGACCGCGACCACAUCCUUCGCCUACGCCCACCCGAGCAACCUCUUCUGGCGACUCCUGCACUCGUCCGGCAUCACGCCCAUCCGGCACCCGCCCUCAGAUACGUACCGGCUGCCGGAGCUCUACUCGGUCGGCAACACGAAUAUCGUGGCCCGCCCCACGCGCAACGGCGGCGAGCUAACCAAAGCGGAGAUGGACGCCGGGGUGCCGGAGCUCGAGGCGAAGAUUGCAGCGCAGAAGCCGGAAGCCGUGUGCAUUGUGGGGAAGAGUAUCUGGGAGGCGAUUUGGCGGGUGCGGCAUAGGCGGCCCAUCACGAAGGAGGAGUUCCGGUAUGGGUGGCAGGAUGAGAGCGAGAACAUGGGGCGGAAGGCUGGAGAGGAGCGGGGCGGGGCACCUGUUUUUGUGGCGACCACGACGAGUGGGCUGGCGGCGUCCAUGAGCGUUGCGGAGAAGGAGGCAAUUUGGGCGGAGUUGGGGAAAUGGGUUGUGCAGCGGAGGGAGGAAAGAGGGAUGACGAUGGUAGCAUCAGAGUAA